AUCGCCUCCAAGCCUGCAUGGCUCUGGCCUGUUUUACAUUGUGACAUUUUUGUUUGCUUCCUGCCUACGCGCGCGUUUUUCUCUGUGAGCGACCAAAGACGUGAAGACAAGACGGAGCCACACAUCCGCAUGGAGACUGAUUUGAACCACCUGGUUGAUUGCAUACUGAUGGGACGACAGCAAAUAGAUUUCUCUAUCGAUAGGGUAGUUUGGGUUGUAACUAAUUGUCAAUAAACCAUUGUUGAACUACGCCGCUUAGGCUAAAGAACAUUUUCACUAACAAAUGUAUUUUCAAUCAGAGUAGCCCCCGAGGGCCGCAUUAUUCCUCAAGUUGACUUAGCAGAUCUGUGCCUUUGUCUGGAAGCAAAGGAGCGACAUUCCGGUGUGACGAUAUGAAACCUGAGUGAUGUCACCACCGCACUGGUAAAACCUGUUCCAGCAACUUGGAAGAUGGCGAACAUACAGCAGUACGAAUCAAAGUUUAGGCAACAGAUGCGAGAGGAAUUCCUCUCUUGUAGCAUCUGCACGGAUACUUUCAAGACACCGAAAGUUCUGCCCUGCCAGCAUACGUUUUGUGUGACGUGCCUUCGAGAUUGGGCCGAAACGCGCAAGCCCUUUCAAUGCCCGAUGUGUCGUGUGUCCGUGGCCCUGCCAGUUCAGGGCGUCUCCGGCUUUCAGGACAACCGACUUGUGGCCGAGCUAUGUGAGCAGUUCUCGGACAAACUGUCCACCAGUCCACCGAAGGCUGAACAACGAAACAAGGGCAAAUGUUACUUCCACCCAGGGCAAGACAUAGCUCUUUUCUGUCAGCAGUGCAAGAUGCCAGCUUGCAACCACUGCGUCAACGAGAGGCACACAGGCCACACGUUUUGGAACGUGGAAGAAGGGGCGUUCCAAAGAAAGGAUGUGUUCGCGGCCUUGAUCACCGACAGCCACCGAUUCCGCGAGACGAUCGUUGGAAAACUCCAGCACCUGGAGCACGGAGAGAAGAGGCUCAACCAGCAGAAGAAGGAGGCUGACGAGGGUGUCGCAAGGGUUGUGGAUGACGCUAUAGCGCAGCUGCGCAACUCCGAAAAGGCCCUGCUGUCUGAGAUCGACGAGAACUACCGCCAGAACCUUGGUCCCAUCAAACAGAAGCACAAUGCACUACUGGCGCAAGUUGCUGAGCUCACAGAAGCAAGCGACGCUGCACGGCUGUCCCUGAGUCAGGGAGGUCGCGAGGCCCUGGGGCAAGAGGCGGCACUGCACAAAAUGCUAUCAAGGUACCGAAGCGACCCAGGGUCGCAGCUGGCUCCCAUCCAAGCACAGGUUGUCACCUUCCAGUCAGCUACUGUCGACCUCCGCAAUCAAAAAUUGGGCAACCUUAGUCUGCAGUCAUUCACCCUCACCCCACAGACCGGGGGAUAUCAGCCGCCCUUAAGCCCGGGACUUGGUAGCCCAACAAGCCCAGGACCGGGUAGCCCAACAAGCUCAAAUCCUAAACUAACCAUCCCUGGAAUAGCUUCAACAGGUGUAGCUGUUUCUCACGCUCGUAAUAACGAGGUGUACAUCACCGACAAGAGGAAUUGCCGGAUCCUGGUCUACAACUUACAGGGCGCCCAUCUCCGGCAUUUCACCACCUCUGUGCCGGGUGCAGCCGGUAUGGAGGUGAUGGGCCCAGACGAUGUCGAGGAGGGGGAGACAGGGAACCUGUGGGUGGUGGGAGUCAUCGACAAGACACGCGACCAACUUGCCGUGCAGUACGCUAAAGACUGCAGCUUCAUCAGCAAGAUAGACCUGAAGCUGAAAUAUCCAUCUUCGGGCCUUGGCAUAGCCGUGAACAGGAAAAAGAACUACAUUGUCCUGCCGUACGACGCCAGUCGGGACGCCGUCAACAUCUGUAAGCCCAGUGGUUCUGCUGUUCGACACGUCGGUGGCGGGAAACACGGCUUAAAACAUGCCAGAGGGUUCGCUGUGAACACCGACGGGAGUGUCUACAUCUGUGAUGAUGAAUCCCACAGCAUCUUCGUGUAUGACGGGAAGGGGAAGUUUCUGUUCAAGUUCGGGAGUUACGGCAGCGGUGACGGUCAGAUGAACCAGCCCAGCGGCGUGUGUACCGACACCUCCGGCAACGUGGUCGUGGCAGACACGGGGAACCGCCGUGUGGAGUUGUUUGACGCCAAAGGGACAUUUCUCCGUCACAUCAUCGCCAACAUGAACGCUCCCGUCGCAGUGGCUGUGGGUCAGCAUGGGCAACUGGUCAUCAGCGACCUUGGACACAACGCUAUAUCUGUUUUCGACCGGUAUUAACACUCCGUAUUCAACUUGUCGCCAAGGCGCCGGUGGUAGAGGCUAUGUCAUAAAACGAAGCAAAAGGAUCGUUUCCAAAACUCCUGGAUCAUUGUUUCGAAAACUCCUGCUUGACUGAUUCAGAUCACACUGCGACAAACCAUCUAAUAUAACAGAGGGAUAUUGUGCAUUGUAGAGUAGCGUCUCCAGGAAUGAUGUUAUGCACACGGUCAGUCGGACUGCCGGGUUCAUUCCUUCAAUCUUAACGUAGCAAAAAAGCACAUAUACAUGUAGAGGAAGACAGCUACCUGCCCUGUGUGUAGAAACUAUUGAUGGACACAAAGAGUGACAUGACCUGCUC